GAAGGGUUACGCAAUCAAUUCCAACGCUGAGGAAGCAAACGUGUACCAGUUAAACAAAGAUUAAUGUUUCUAUCUAUUUGAAACUAGAGAUUUCUGUGAUGAAUAUUGGGAAAAUAGUUCAUCUCAUACGUGCAAAACCUUCGAGUGCUUUUUCCUUAUGUCGACGGGGUCGUCAAUUCGAUGUUAGCGCAAUCCCAUCUACGUCUUACUGUACAAAGUCCAAAUUUGCUAAAUUUGAUUAUCAAGAUCCAGUAAAUGUUGAUAGUUGUUUGAAAGAGGAUGAAAUACUUGUGAGAGAUCAAGUCCAUGCUUAUUGUCAGGAAAAAUUAAUGCCAAGGGUGCUAAUGGCAAACAGAAAUGAACAUUUUCACAAAGAAAUAAUGACGGAAUUGGGUGAAUUGGGAAUACUUGGUGCGACCAUAAACGGUUAUGGAUGUGCUGGAGUUUCCACCGUGGCUUAUGGGCUUAUCGCUAGAGAGCUAGAAAGAGUUGACAGUGGCUAUCGGUCUGCUAUGAGCGUCCAGUCUUCAUUAGUAAUGCAUCCCAUCUUCUCAUUUGGAUCGGAAGCCCAGAAAGAAAAAUAUUUACCCGGACUAGGUAAAGGAGAAUUGAUUGGUUGCUUUGGUUUAACGGAACCCAAUCAUGGCAGUGAUCCGAGUGGCAUGGAAACGAGAGCUCGAUAUGAAGAAAGUACGGGCACAUAUAUUCUAAAUGGAUCUAAAACCUGGAUAACAAACUCUCCUGUAGCAGAUGUAUUUGUCAUAUGGGCAAAAUGUGAUGAUAAUGUUGUUCGUGGUUUCAUUUUGGAAAAGGAAAUGAAAGGGCUCACAGCGCCUAAGAUAGAAGGAAAAUUUUCCUUGCGGGCGUCUGCAACGGGUAUGAUUGUCAUGGAGGAUGUGGCAGUACCAAAAGAUAACCUUUUACCUAAUGUCACCGGGAUAAAGGGUGCAUUCAGCUGUCUAGACAGUGCCAGAUUGGGAAUUGCAUUUGGAUGUUUGGGAGCUGCUGAAUUUUGUUACGAAACGGCAAGACAGUAUGCGCUUGACAGACAUCAGUUCGGCCGACCGCUUGCCGCUAAUCAGCUCAUUCAAAAAAAACUAGCAGAUAUGGUAACUGAGAUUUCUUUGGGUCUGAAUACUGCCGUUCAUGUGGCUCGACUUAAAGAUGAAGGAAGUCACUGCCCCGAAAUGGUGUCUCUUAUGAAGCGCAAUAACUGCGGAAAGUCACUGGAGAUUGCUAGGCUAGCAAGAGAUAUUUUAGGAGGUAACGGCGUUUGCGAUGAAUACCAUGUUAUCAGACACGUUAUGAAUUUAGAAGCAGUCAACACGUACGAAGGAACGCACGACGUACAUGCGCUAAUUUUGGGCAGAGCGAUUACUGGUAUUCAAGCUUUUAUGUCUAAACACUGACACAAAUUAACAAAGGAUGGGGUAAAGUAUUCGAAAGUCUUUCAAGUUACAUGUAGUGAUCAUGGUAUUUCGUCAACGGUCGAAGAUCAUUUACAGAUAUAAAUGGCUGCAACCAUGUAGCUCUAAAUAGAGGCAGUGUUACAAAAUGCAAUUUCCCAUACAAUGGCUGAAUUUUUUUCACUCUAGGAGAGAUAAAAUGCCAUCACAGUGAUAUCACAUUACAUGUGAAACACAGAAUGAUUAUUUGAGAUAUUGCUUUGUAACACUGCCUUGUGCAAACUUGGAUUCCUAACAACAUUUUAUCCAUGUCAAAAUACUGAGAGUAUUUGAACAAAGCUAGUGCUAGAUUUUCACAUUCAUUAACUGUGGUUAGUUGUGAUUGUGAAACAUCUGCAGUAACAUUAAAUAAUUAAUUACAUACAAGUUGCCUAUGCCAUAUAAUGUCACAGAUAAGUGAAUAUGCAAAAUUAUUUCCUAUCAAUGUAAGCAUGAUUAAUGAAUAUCUCCAUGUUUGUAAACAGGAAAAAAAAUAAAAUAUAAGGAUGUGGUAUGAAAGUAUUUUCCACCAAA